CGCUCGGUGUCGGCCCCGGAGCUGGCGCCGCCCGCAGCCUCCCGCCGGCUUCUGCCUAUUUUAGUCACAGCGGCGGCUCGGUAGCUGUAGGGGGGACGUAGUGCUGGUGGUGCCGGGAGCGGCGACGAGCAGCACACUGAGUCUGUUCUGUUCGGACGCGGCGUCCGCCGGGCGACCGGGAAACUUUUCCGAGGGCGUGGGCAGGGGCACGGGGCAGGUAGACCAAGUGGCUUCCCUGAAAGUCUUGCAACCUUGUCGUAACUUGGCAGCCUGACCAUCUCCCUUUCUCAUUUGGUGGCACCUGAUCAACUAGAAGGAGAAGUGGAAUCUCCGCAAUGAAUACUACAGCAAUGAGCCCACUCACUGUUACUCCACUAAGUUUUAUUCCAGACUUAAAAAAUGCCACCCUUGUGCCUUUCAAUGAGACUGCAUGUGAAAACUGGAAAGAGAUUCAUCAUCUUGUUUUUCACGUGGCAAACAUUUGCUUUGCAAUUGGACUGGUUAUUCCAACCACUCUGAACCUUCAUAUGAUUUUUCUGCGAGGCCUGCUCACCAUAGGAUGUGCUUUGUUCAUCAUUUGGGCUACCCUCUACCGUUGUGCCUUGGACAUAAUGAUCUGGAAUUCUGUGUUUUUGGUUGUCAACCUUUUACAUUUCAUAUACCUAGUGUAUAAGAGAAGACCGAUCAAGAUAGAGAAGGAGCUUAGCAGCCUCUACAAGAGAACAUUUGAACCUCUCCAUGUGCCUCCAGAGCUCUUCCAAAGACUAACUGGACAAUUCUGCAACAUUCAAACUUUAAAGACAGGUCAAGCCUAUGCUGCAGAAGAUAAAACAUCAGUUGAUGAUAGGCUAAGCAUCCUGCUGAAGGGGAAAAUGAAGGUGUCUUAUCGUGGGCAUUUUCUGCAUAAUAUUUACCCCUGUGCCUUUAUAGAUUCUCCUGAAUUUCGAUCAACACAGAUGAACCGGGGUGAGAAAUUCCAGGUCACGAUUGUUGCAGAUGAUAACUGCAAGUUCCUGUGCUGGUCCAGGGAAAGGCUGACUUAUUUUCUGGAAUCUGAGCCAUUUCUUUAUGAGAUCUUUAAGUAUCUUAUUGGCAAAGAUAUUACAAAUAAACUCUAUUCAUUGAAUGACCCAACCUUAAAUGACAAGGCUUCAAAAAAGAUUGAUCGACAGCCUAGUCUGUGCUCACAGCUCUCUGUGAUGCAGAUGAGAAACAGCAUGGCCAGUACCAGUGACAGCGAGGAUGGCUUGCAAAUGUUUCUUCGCGGUACUUCCUCUGCAUCCUCUCUUCUUCUCAUCCAGGAACUCCUUCAGACUUGGCGGGCCUCUCUGUUUUCAGUCCUUAACAUUGGUAUAGUCUGCAUGCCCAGAUAGGUGGAAGCAAAAACCCUACUAGAAAGUUGAGGGUGACAGCUGGGAUAUAGUUUGAAAAUUCCACUGUUGUUUUCUUUAUUUCUGGUCUGUUCCCUGAAAGGACAUUUAGAGUCACAAAACAGUUGAGGUUGGGAGGAACUUCUGGAGAUCACCUAGUCCAACCCCAUGUUCAAAGCAGGGUCAGCUAAAGCAGGUUGCUCAGGGCCAUGUCCAGUCAAGCUUUGAAUAAUACCAAGGUGGAGGAUUUCACAACCUCUUUGGGCAACCUGUUCCAGGGCCUUGCCACCCUCAUGGUGAAAGAGUUUUCCCUUACUGUAACUCAUGACUGUUGUCCUUUGUUCUUUAGUGCAUGCCUCCGAGAAGAGUCUGGCUCUGUCUUCUUUAUACCCUUCCGUUAGGUAGCUGAAGACAACACUAAGAUCCCCUGAGAACCUUCUGUUCGUAUGGCUGAACACACCCAGUUCUUGCAGCCUCUCCAUGUACGUCAUGUGCACCAGCCCCUGACCAUCUUGGUUGCUCUCCACUGCACUCACUCCAGUAUGUCCAUGCCUUUCUUGUACAGGGAAACCCAAAACUGGACACAGCACUCCAGAUCCUGUCUCACAAGUGCCAAACAGAGGAAUUAAUCACUUUCAUUGACCUGCUGGCUAUGCUUUUGCUAAUAUGGCUCAAUAUCUGGAUGGCCUCCUUCGCUGCAGGGGCACUCUGCUGAUUCAUAUUCCAUUUUGUGUCCACCAGGACUGCCAGGUCUGUUUCUGCAAAUCUGCUUUCCAACCAGCUGAUGUCCGGCCUGUACUGCUGUGUAGGUUUUUUGUGUCCCAGGUGCAGGAAAUUGCUUUUGUUGAACUCGUCAUGGUUUCUGUCAGUUCUUUUCUCCAGCCUCUGAAGGCCCAUUCUGACUAGUUGCCCUACCCUCUGGCCUAUCAACAGUUUCCCUCACUACUUGGCUGUUGUCUAUGAACUUGGUGGGAGUACAGUCCAUCCCAUCAUCCAGGUCAUUAAUAUAUUGAGCGCUACAGGCCUUGGUAUUUGCCCUCAAGAGACACUGUUGGUAACCAAUGGCCAGCUCAGUUUUUUACUGCUGCUCACUGCCCUAUGAACUCCACAGUCCAGUGAAUUUUUCACCCAAGCUGUAGUCCAUGUAUCCAGUCCCUUUCUCACCCAUUCGAAUAGAAGGAUUCUAAGGCAGGCUGUGGAGGGCCAUGCUACAGUCCGGGUAAACAACAUCCACAGUACUCCCUUCAUCCACAGAGCUCGUCAUCUCACCACAGAAGGUGGUCAGACUGGUCAGGCACAAUCUCCCCAUGGUACAUCCAUGGUGGCUGUUCUCAGUCACCUUCCUGUCCUUCAUGUGCUUGAAUAUGGCUUCCAGGAAGAUGUAGUCCAUAAUCUUCCUGGGGACUGAGGUUAGGUUGAUAGGCCAAUAGUUACGUGGAUCCUUCUCCUUGCCCUUUUUGAAAAUUGCUGUGACAUUUAAUUUUUUUUCUCUCAUGUGACUGCCAUGAUCUUUCCAAGAUGAUAGAGAGAGGUCUUGCAGUUGCAUCAGCAAACCCUCAGCACACUUGCAUGCACUGCAUGUGAUUCCAGUCUUGUGUUUGCCCUGUUAACUUAAGUGGUCUUUAACUCAGUCCACCUUUCCUGUAAGUCAGGUAUAACUCUCCAAGUCUCUACCACUAGACUCAGAGAACUGGGAGGCCUCAGGACAAACCUCUAAAGUAAAACCUGAGGCAAAAAAGGUAUGGAGUACCUUUUCCAUGUCCUUUGUCCCUAGGUCUUGUGCCCAACUGACCCAUGGCCUUACAGUUUUCCUCGUCUUCCUUUUGCUGUUGGUGUAUUUGUAGAAGCCCUUCAUGUUGGCCUUCAUUAGUUCCAGGUCCAGCUGAGCUUUGGCUUUCCUAAUUCCAUCCCUGCAUGCUUGGGCCAUGUUUCUGUAUUUGUCCCAGGCUCAUCCAUGCUUCCACUUUGUGUGUCUUUGAGCUCUGUCAGGACUUUCCCCUUCAUCUAUGCCAGCCUUCUACCACGCUUGCUGAACUUUCUGUACACUGGAAUGGACUGUCCUUGUGUUUUGAGGAAGGUAUGCAUGAAGAUCAACCAUCUCUCCCUUGCAGGCCAUAUCCCAUGUGUUCCUGCUAAGUAGAUCCCGUAGCAAGCCACAAUCCCCUGUCCUCAGGUCCAGGGUUGUAACUCUACUAUUUGUCUUGCACAGUUCUCAGUAUCUUAAACUCCACCAACUCCUGGUCACUGCAGCUGAAGUUACCAUAAGCUUUCAGCUCCCUGAUGAGUUCUUCCUUGUUCAUCAGUGACAGGUCCAGCAGAGCACCAUCCCUAGUUGGCUCAUCGAUCACUUCCGUGAAGAAAUUAUCUACUACACUCUUCAGAAAUCUCCUGGACUGCUUGUGCCCAGCCCUGUUGCCUUUCCGUCAGAUACUGGGGUAGUUAAAGUUCCCCACGACCACCAAGGCCUGAGAUCAUGAGGCUUCAUCCAGUUGUCUAAAGAAGGCUUUCAUCUACUUGCUCUUCUUGAUCAGGCAGCCUGUAGCAGAUAGCUGCCACGAAGUCUCCUGUGUUGGUCUGUUCUCUGAUAUUAAUCAAUAAGCUCUCAACUGGCUUUUCACCUGUUCCAUGGCAAAGCUCCCUGAAGCUGAAGCCAUUCCUUUGUGUAGAGUGCCCUUGGACAAGUUCGCACACUCAGAAGCCUGAAAGAAAUUGUGAAACUGUGUUUGUGCUAUUAGCUAGAAUUAAAAAUCUCUUUCAGGCUUAGCAGCAAAACACUUAUACCAGUAUUUCAGCUUUGGGAGAAAGUAAUCUAAAUGCAUAACAUGUUCAGCUGUAAUUACAUUAAUCCUUAAGAUACAUCUGUACUUAGAAUAUACUUGAUAAAUACACUUUUCUCUGUUGUACUUUUUCUUGGUUUGUGUACCGUAUUUUCUGGUGUGCUUUUCCCAAAAGAGGGGGUUAAAUGUCUUUUGUGUUCCAAAAUUGCUCAGCACAACAGCAGCGGGUGUAGCUGAUACUGCCAGGGCCACCAUCACACUGGCAACAGCAGGUGUGGCAGCAGCAUCCCCAGCCCAAUACUUCCCUUACUCUUGAGGAGGCAGAGGGGUCACCCAUGCGGAAGUGUAUCGUACACCUCAGGAAAUACCACCAUUUAUUUCUCCUUUACCUUUUGGUUAAUCUGAAAUUUCUGACUUCUAUAAAAGGUUGAUAAAAAAUCUCAGUGCAAGAUUAUUUACCUCGCUAAACUGUAACACUUCAAUCUUUCUUUUUGCCGAAAUAGCUUGUUAAUUAUUCCUGGGUACUGGCAUUGCCAGUGAGGGGUUUGCUACCAAGGUGAGCUCUGCUUAAAGAUUUGUAUUCAAUGUGGAUUGUGGCCAUGUAUGCACUUUUUCUCAGAUCACAGGCAAAACUGAACAAAAAGCCUGCCAAUUACCUUACCACUGUUGUGUUUUAAAAACAUUCACCCGGGUGCUCUCAGUGCAGUAGUCAGUCUUUUUUGGGGGUCUGUUUUUUAAGAUUUAGUAGAGGUACAUACUAAGGCAUAUAGUGUCCCAGUGCUAUUCCUUUGGAUCUUCCUCUGCAAUCCUGUAUUUGUUCAGUUAAAAACAAACAAAAUCCAAAAAACCCCAGAAGAUUUAGUGAUGAACAUAUGGAAGUGACAAUCUCUCUCUUUCUUUUUUUUUUUAUUAGAAGGAGAAAUUAAUAAGAUAAACUUAUUUGCACAGGAGCUCUACAGGGAUACUGUCUUGUCAUUGCUAAGUGAUCGAGUGUUCUGUGGACAAAAGCUUCCCAUUACAAAUACGAUAUUUGACUACCACAAUACAAAUAAGUCUUAUACUCCUCAUUUCCAUAUUCUUUAAAAACUGGGCAUUUAUAUUUUUGUAUAAUCCAAAUUUUUUAUUGUUUUUAUCUGUGCUAUGAACUGAGCUUUGGCUCAUUUUCUAAAUAAAUGGAUAUGAAGUUUUUUUCUAAGUGUUUAGUAGUGAAAGAGUGAAAAAUACUAAUUACUAGGCCCCAAACUAUGAUUACUAACAAAACUGUGUUUUGAAUUUAAUUAACCGAGAAACCCAACUAACUGUUUGCUUUUAUAUUAAGGAAAUAACCAACAAGAGUUCUAUAAUGCUUACGGAGUGAGUCGUUUGCAGCAUGAUGUUUUCUGUUGAUAACA